CCGAUCUCGCUCCGUUUACUCGAGUACCCGUACGGUACUGUAUGAAUAAGGUAGCCUAUCCAACUCCUCAGAGCCUACUUUUCGCACACAUUCCCGACCUUCAUCGACAUCACCGUACACUAAUUUAAUCGGGCCAUAUCCGACAAUCUCUUCUCUAAUCUCUUCCACACUGAUCCCCGCCCAUCCGGUGACCUCCGUCGCCCAGCCCUACCGUCCCCGCUCCCCACAAUGUUCGGUUCAUCACCAGCCGACGCAUUUGAGCAGAGGGCUCAAAAGAUCCGUCGCGCUGUGGAGCGGGCACGCACGCAGUUCUUGCAGAAAACUAGACCCCGAAGUGCCAAUCGGACAUCCGACGUCCUAACAGGGUCAUACUUCGACUACCUUCCGGUCGAGCUCAUAAUCAACAUCUGCUGCCAGACCGACUGGAGGGACGUCACCCGUCUCCGCCUCGUCUCCCGAGCCUUCAAGGAGCUCGUUGACGCUAACGAGUCUACCAUCGCUACCAGAUGGAUGGUCCCCGGAUCAUAUUUGGCGCUGCUCUCGCAACUCUUCUACCCACCAAAAUCUAGGACAGGAGACGGGGUGCGCCGGCCUACGAUACAGUACUUUUGCGGACUAGAGAAGAGACAUGCCACGUGCUCGACGUUGGCUUAUUAUCUUUGCGAUAAGGCGGAAGGAUCAAGCAAUUCGGACGGUGCAGAGGAAGUUGACGAAACAAUUCUUAUAUGGUUGAUAUUUAGGUAUUAUGUCCUCCACUUCCUAACCUACUCCCGCCUCCGCCUAGAAGCCAACAAAGCCGCAAUAGCCGCCGAGAACUCCGAUGAGCCGCUAACCCCCAGCGACCUAAACAGCGCCUACUUGAGCAUCCAAUCAAGCAUAUUGGCCACCUUCGACAACCAAACCCUAAUAUCCACGCACCACGCCCUGCACUUCCUAGUAAACUCCAUCCGCCUAAGCAUGUCGCCAGAGCCUCCACACAAGCAGAACGAUGAACUCGUCGCUAUAAUCCUCCGCUGCCAAAUGCCACUGAACCGCUGCGUGGAAUUCUUUGCUGCAGAUUGCCUCGGUGCAUCGCGCGGGCUGAGGAAACAGUUUAUGCAGGAUAUGGAGGGGGAGAGGGCGGAUGCUGAGGUUAGGUUUGGGGGAGGUGCAGCGCUGAGGAGGAGUAUUAGUGGCCAUUCGAGAGAGGGAAGUCGGAGGAAGUGGUCGCCGAAAGUUACUGAGGUUUGGUUCGAGGCGGCUAAAAUUGCGCUUGCGGAGAGGGGUUUGCAGGAACACAAACCAGAUGGCGUGUAUUUCUUUCCGGAAUGUAGUCAGGAGCUGUUGAUUGGAUGUCCAGGGUGUAAGCUGAAAUGAUCAGGGGGUAAGAAGGGUGGGCUAGGUUAGGUUAGGUUUCCUUAGGAAAGGCGUUUGGGGUUUAGCUAGGGGUUCAAUUUGUUGAAGG